AUGAGUGACAUUUCAUCUGAAGAGUUUGAAGAGGAAUUUGAUUUAGGUACUCGCCGAUCUGGGUUAGGAGGAAAAUGGACACGCGAGGGACGCUCUCAACAAAAGGAACGCGCCAUGUUCGUUGGCAAAAAUGAACAGCUCAAGUCAAAACAAACGAUAACUUCCAGUGAUUUACUCGAGGGAACUCAUAAUGCUCCCAGAAAAGAAACAGAGCGGGAAAAAGAGAUACCAAGGAUGAAGUUUAAUACUACAGGUUUUGGUGCAAAAAUGCUAGAGAAAAUGGGAUAUCAAAAGGGACAAGGUUUAGGAGCGAACGCCGAAGGUAUAGCGGCCCCCGUGGAAUCUAAAUUACGCCCAGAAAGAAUUGGUUUAGGUGCAGUUAGAGAAAGAACGGAAAAAGAAAGACGCGAAGCUGUUCUUCGUGGAGAAAUUUCGGACAGUGAAGAUGAAGAGGUUCACCAGAAACGAGAAAGAGAAAGAAUGAUGAAGAAGAAGAAUCGAGAGAAUUUGAAAUCUUCUUCUGAAUUGUCGAACGCCUUAGGUGACUUCUCGCUUCCACCUGCCCUUGCAAGUCUCCUAGAUGCUGGUAUCCAUGAUACGAAGAGAAUAGAGCUAACUUCAGCCCUUUCUGAAGGUGAAACUGAAGUAAAUCAAAAAAAUCUCAACGAAUUGAUAGACCAACUUUCCCGCUUAGCUCGUGUGGAGUCAGAAAAUUAUGUAGUAAACUGGCAGCAGCUCCAAGCCCGAAAAGCAUAUAUUAGAAUGGAAAAAGAACGGAUUUCGAAUGAGUAUGAUCAAAAAAACAUGGAAAUUAGUCGUUUGGAAAAGUUACUUGAAAAGGUUAGCGAUAUCCAUGCUGGUGUUGAUAAUCUGACUGUAGAAAAUGUUAAUGAAUCAGUGGAUGAAUUAGAAAAAGCAAUACAGCCUCUGACGUACCUGAUCGAGACGCUCCCUGUCGAGUUUGCUGAACCUAGUAUGCAUUAUGAACUCGAUUCCGUCGCUGUUAGCAUUUUAGUGGCUGUACUAUCGGAGCCUUUUCAGAAUUGGAAUGUUUUUAGACAUCCUUACUUUUUGUUGGAGCAUUUCUUGUCUUGGAGAAAUUCUCUUCAAUCCAAUGUGUAUCGCCCAAAGACAGAACGUCCUGAUACUUUUAUGGAUAUAGAACUGGAAAUGGAUGAAAAUCAAGCAGGCCAAACAAAUUUCACUCAUUAUGAAUCACUAAUUAUGGCACUGUGGGAAACAAGGGUUUCUCAAGCUUUUCGGGACCAUUGGAGUAGCCGGGAUACAUCAACUGCGUUACAGUUACUAGAAGCUUGGGAUGUCGUAGUACCAUCUAAGGUCAAGGAAGUAUUAAUAAAGGAUACUAUUCUCCCAAAACUUCAAGAAGAGAUAAAUUCAUGGAAACCAUCCACGAGAUUACGAAAGAGAUCCGCCGACUCCUUGCAUCACUGGAUUUUUCCAUGGUUACCGUAUCUAGGGAAUUUUUCUGAUGAACUUUUGUCCGUGGUUUUGACACGUCUGUCAAAGGUACUUUCUGGAUGGAAUAUUGAGUUUGGGCCUUCAGAUGAUUUUAGCGUUUGGCGAUUUGCAUUCACGGAUGAUAUGCUAGAUCGUAUAUUGGAAAAGACAAUCCUGCCAAAGCUGGAACGGUUUUUGCAAGAAAAAUUAGUGAUUGACCCUUCUAAUCAGGACAUGAAUGUGAUAUUGACUGUCCUUUCAUGGAAAGAUGCAUUCCGAGCCACUGUGUUUGGAAAGUUACUAGUCGACCACUUUUUUUCGAAAUGGCUUAUGACUUUGUAUGAAUGGCUUACGAUUUCGCCCAACUUUGAAGAAGCUAGCGAAUGGUAUAGAUGGUGGAAGUCUUUUUUCCCAGAGGAUGUAGCAGCAAAUGUUUAUGUACAGCAAGGAUUUUCCAAAGGUUUAGAUAUGAUGAACGAAUCUUUGGAAAACAAAACGAUUACUCCGCCAACUUAUUACGUGGGCGCACAAAUUCAACAGAAAUUGGAUGCCAACGAAAAGAAACUGAAUGCGCAGAAGUUAGCAAAUCAACUGCGAGAUGAAAGUAUUCGGCAGGCUCCAGAAACCGUUAGUUUUCGAGAGAUCGUUGAAGAGUACUGCAGUGAUCAUGGUUUCCUGUUGGUUCCAUUACGAAAGUCACAUCCACUUAGUGGAAAUGCUCUUUUUAGAGUUUCUGCUCAGGCUGCAAAGUCUCGAUCUAUGACUGUUUACUUGAAAAAUGACAUUAUCUGGAUGAAACCUUUUGGUGCUACAGAGGACGCUGUGUUUCAACCUAUUGGGUUUGAAGAGAUCCCUACCCUUUUGAAUCAACCUCGUCCCUCUUGA